AUGAAGGCAUCAGUGAAACUUCCAGUUUUCGUCCUCGCCUGCUUUUUCAGUCUGGCUCUCUGUACUCCGACGUGCAAAGCCAAGCCUAACCCGGAAGUAGCGGCUCGUGAACAAUGGAGAGAGCGAUGGACAAGCAAAUCGACGGAGGCAGCGGCAUCUUCAGGUACAACGUCUGACGGAGAUGAUCCAGUCUCACCUAUGGUAGGUCCAGUUCCUGACGAAACAGUCGCAACUCCAACUUCAGUGGUAGAUGAGGCAAAACCAGAACCAGAAGAUGCAGGAAAGGCGAAAUCAGCUGCGGAAGAGUCAUCAGGCGCAAAUGAAACAACAGCUGUUGAUGAGGCAGUGGUCACCGAAGAAGUUCCCGCAAAGGAAGAAGGACCCACAACAGAGAAGAGCAAAUCGUCGGAAUCAUCUGUAGAUAAAACCAAUACCUCAUCUGAUGCUAGUUCUAAGGGCGAGUCGUCAGAGGCGUCUGUUGUCUUGCCUGGCGACGUGACGUCAACGGCAUUCUCCUCGGCGUUCUCUGCCUACUCCUCGGCGCAGUCGGAGAGCUCCGAAAGCGACGGACUGUACGUGAGCUGCGAAGCAGCUGGAGGUACCCCCUCCAACAUCAAGACUCUCAGGUUCUGUUAUUUCGAAAACGACACCGUGGAAAUUUGCGCGUGCCCUCUAAGGAUUUUCAACGAUUUCGAGUUAGAGCUGGAUGACAUUUAUAAGCCAAAAUACACGCAUUACUUUGAAGACAACGCGUGCUACUUUAAAAAGCAAUCUCACUAA